AAUGAUAAAAAAACUACCGUAUCAUUAGCUUAUGAAUCCUAUCCUAUGCUCAUUUUAUUCAAUAGAUACUUAACUUAAGGACCCAAUUAAUUUACGCUAACAAAAUACUUUUUAAUUAUUUUAAUUUUCAUUAAAUAUUUUUGUUUAAUACAAUAAUUUAGGACUCAUUUGUCUAUAAAACUAAAAUUGCAGAGUGAGAGUGAGGAAUGCUGAGGUUUGUGAAAUCAUCUGCUCCCAAAUUCUUCCCGACAAAGCCUUUUCGGAUCAUUUCACCCUUUGCUUCUCGCACAUCAGUUCGUUCCAUGGCUGAUUCUGCUCCUUUCAACAAAAUCCAGAUUCAAAGGGAUGAUAACACUACAUUUGAUGCGUAUGUCAUCGGCAAAGAAGAUGCUCCUGGAAUUGUUGUACUACAGGAGUGGUGGGGUGUGGACUUUGAAAUAAAAAAUCAUGCUGCGAUGAUUUCUCAACUUGGUCUUGGAUUUAAAGCUCUUAUUCCAGAUCUGUAUAGAGGAAAGGUUGGUCUGGAUGUUGCAGAAGCACAACAUUUGUUUGAAGGUCUUGACUGGCCAGGUGCUGUGAAGGAUAUCCAUGCUUCAGUUGACUGGCUUAAAGCAAAUGGUUCAAAGAAGGCUGGUGUAACUGGAUUUUGUAUGGGGGGUGCUCUCGCAAUUGCAAGCUCUGUGUUGGUUCCACAUGUUGAUGCGGUUGUGGCUUUCUAUGGAGUUCCUUCUUCUGAACUUGCAGACCCUGCUCAAGCCAAGGCUCCUGUUCAGGCUCACUUUGGAGAGCUGGACAAUUUUGUUGGCUUUUCAGAUGUUACGGCUGCAAAGGCUUUGGAGGAGAAGUUGAAGGCAUCUGGAGUUCCACAUGAGGUACACAUAUACCCUGGAAACAGCCAUGCAUUCAUGAACAGGUCUCCUGAAGGAAUCAAUAGGAGGAAGACCAUGGGUCUGCCUGAUGAAGAUGAAGCUUCGGUUCAGCUGGCAUGGUCUCGGUUCCAAUCAUGGAUGACAAAAUACUUAUCCAACUAGAUAAUUUAUUACUAGCCGAGUUCAGCUGAGAUUGCUAUGUUCUAUCUUAGUUAGUAAAGUCGUAAGGUAAGGUUUCAUCUAUCUGAGUUCAGCUGAGAUACAACAUAUUAGUAAUUUGUACUUCUCCCUGGACUUGAAACAAUGAUUGAAUAAAUUUUGGUUUGAGACUAAUUUGAACUGACAAUAUAAGUUGUUUUCUGCGUAAA